AGCUGAUCGGUGAUCUACCAGAAAGCGUGUUAGCUUUCGAAAAAUCCUAUAUUAAAUAGAAUAAAAUAAUCGUUAUUAGUAGAUUGCAAAAUAUAUUAAUAUGAUUCUAAUAUAUAUAUAUUUUAUAUCGUAUAUCAAGAAAAUGUAAUUUUUUACAGAUUGUAUAUAAAUACUUUGUUUUAUACGUGGAUCAAGUUUGCCGCUAAUUUUGACAGAAAAUCGUUCGUCAUUGGAAAGUUCGAAAAUGGCGUUAAUAUAAACUAUUGCUAAACAAAAUCACUUUUUUUGUUCAUUAAAGUAGUAAUGAUUUAACAAUGCAUAUAAAACAAGUUAUUAUCCAGGGAUUUAAAAGUUAUAGGGAUCAAACAGUAGUGGAACCUUUCGACAAAAGGCACAAUGUAGUUGUAGGACGUAACGGCUCAGGAAAAAGUAACUUUUUCUACGCUAUUCAAUUUGUAUUAAGUGACGAAUAUUCCCAUCUUCGACCCGAUCAAAGACAGGCUCUUCUCCAUGAAGGUACAGGACCUCGAGUCGUAUCAGCGUAUGUAGAAAUCAUUUUUGAUAACUCAGAUUCCAGAGUUCCGAUUGAACAUGAAGAAAUAUAUUUAAGACGUGUAAUUGGUGCUAAAAAAGAUCAGUAUUUUCUCAAUAAAAAAGUGGUACCUAGAAGUGAAGUUAUGAAUCUAUUAGAAUCUGCAGGGUUUUCAAAUUCUAAUCCGUAUUAUAUCGUAAAACAAGGAAAAAUUAACCAAAUGGCAACAGCUCCUGAUGCCCAUCGACUGAAGUUAUUGAGAGAAGUAGCAGGUACAAGGGUGUAUGAUGAAAGAAGGGAUGAAUCUAUGGCCAUUUUAAGGGAAACUGAGAUAAAACUACAAAAAAUCGAGGAAUUUUUGCGUACGAUCGAAGAGAGGUUGAGUACUUUGGAGGAGGAAAAGGAGGAAUUAAAACAGUAUCAACAUUAUGAUAAAAUACGUAGGGCUUUGGAGUAUAUAAUACAUGAGGUCGAGUUAAAUGAAAAUAAAAAGAAAUUAGUGGAGUUGGAGAAACAGCGGAACGAAUCCGGUACAGAACAGGAAAAACUGGCGGCGAAUUUGAAAAAAGCCCAAGACAAUAUAAAAACUUUAUCAAAGAAGACGAAAGAAACGAAAAAAGAAUUGGCGUCUUUAAAAGAAGAACGCGACAUAUUAAUUAAUGACAACCAGCAUUUAAUUAAAGAAAAAGCCAAAUUAGAUCUGACCAUAAAGGAUUUGUCGGAGGAAGUGCUGGGAGACAAUAAAUCGAAAGAAAGAGCCGAAAACGAAUUAUCCAGAUUGAAUAAUUCGAUCAGAGAAAAAGAAGCCGAACUGGAAAAGGUGAAACCCCAAUAUGAACAAAUGAAAAAGCGAGAAGAAGAAUGUUCAAGAGAAUUAGCCCUCAAAGAACAAAAAAGGAAGGAAUUGUACGCGAAACAAGGCAGAGGAAGUCAGUUUACCUCGAAGGAUGAUAGAGACAGAUGGAUACAGAACGAAUUGAAAUCCCUGAAUAAACAAUUGAAAGAAAAAAAAGAUUAUCGCGAUAAAUUGGAAGGGGAAUUGAAAAAGGACGCCAAUAAAACGGUGGAAUUGACUAGAAAAAUCGAAGAACAAUCACAAGAAUUAGAAAGACAGAAAAAUUUCAUAGACGAACACAAUAAACAGUGUUAUGAGUUGAAGAAAAAUAAGGAUCAAUUUCAAGCUACCAGAAACGAAUUGUGGCGUAAAGAAAACAACGUCCAACAAAAUUUGUCGUCGUUGAAAGAAGAAUUAGCGAAAGCCGAUCAGAAAUUGAGAUCGAUGGUCGGUAAACCGAUAUUGAACGGUCGCGAUAGCGUCCGGAAAGUACUGGAAACUUUCGUUUCGAGAGGGGGACGCGAAGCGGAGUUCGCCAAACAUUAUCGAGGACCGGUUAUCGAAAAUUUCGAUUGCGAAAAAAGUAUUUACACAUCGGUGGAGGUUACCGCCGGUAAUAGAUUGUUCCAUCACGUCGUCGAUACCGAUGUGAUCGGUACUCAAAUAUUGAAGGAGAUGAAUCGACAAAAGUUGCCGGGUGAAGUUAAUUUUAUGCCUUUGAAUAGAUUGAACGUCAGGGAUCAGGAUUAUCCUAAUGAUUCGGACGCUAUACCGAUGGUCUCAAAAUUAAAUUACGACCAGAAAUUCGACAAAGCCAUGCGCUACUUAUUCGGCAAAACCCUAAUUUGUCGUAACAUGGAAGUAGCCACGAAAUUAGCCCGUACAACAGGCUUAGAUUGCAUCACCCUCGAAGGCGAUCAAGUAUCAUCGAGAGGUUCGUUAACGGGCGGUUUCUUCAACGCAUCAAACAGCAGACUAGAAAUGCAAAAAACCCGAAGCGAAACCAUGGAACAGAUCAAACAAUGCGAACAAGAACUGAAAAAUCUGAGGAUGGAAUUGGGUAAAACCGAAACGUCCAUCAACGGAAUAGUUUCCGAAAUGCAGAAAACCGAAACGAAAAACAGCAAAGCAAAAGGUAUUUACGAUAAAGUUAAAGCGGAGCUGAGAUUGAUGCGCGAGGAGUUGUCGAAUAUCGAACGAUCCCGCGGUCACAAGGAACGCACCUUGGCACAAAGCAAAUCCAGUUUGGAGGCGAUGCAAACGACCAAAGAAGGUCUCGAAUCGGAAUUGCAUCAGGAAUUGUUGGCUCAACUUUCCGUGCACGAUCAAGCCCAAGUCGAUUCGUUGAACGACGAUAUACAGAAAUUGCAAAAGGAGAACAAGGAGGCGUUCAGUACGAGGAUGAGAUUGGAAGCAGAAAAAAAUAAAUUGGAAAAUUUGUUAACAAACAAUUUGAUUAGAAGAAGGGACGAAGUGUUGCACGCCCUUCAAGAGAUAUCGUUGGAGGAUAGGAAAAGGCAAUUGACUAAUUGCAAAGCCGAAUUGGAGGAGAUAGAUAAAAAAAUCGAUAAGAUUAAUGUGGAUUUGACCAUGGUGGAGAAUAAAGUUAAAGAUAUGACCAAAAGGUUGAAAACGGAACAGACCGAAUUGGAGAACUGGAAGAAAAAAGAAAAAGACGCCCAAGAUAGGAUCGACGAGGACGCCAAACAUUUAGAAAAGUUCGCUUCGAAACAGAACCUUUUGGAACAAAAAAUCGCCGAAUCCGUCGAAAAAAUCAACCAACUCGGCGCUCUACCGCCCCAAGAGAUGUAUUCCAAUUACGUGAAGAUGUCUUCCAGAUCCCUAUUUAAAGAACUGGAAAAGGCGAAUAACAAACUCAAACAAUUCAGUCACGUGAAUAAGAAAGCUUUGGAUCAGUUUAUGAGUUUUUCCGAUCAAAAGGAAAAACUCCAAAAGCGAAAAGAAGAAUUAGACCGAGGAGAUGAGAAAAUCAAAGAGUUGAUAUCGAUGUUGGAACAACGUAAAAUGGAAGCGAUACAAUUCACGUUUAAACAGAUAUCGAAAUAUUUCACGGAAGUUUUCAAAAAAUUGGUACCCGCAGGUCGAGCUAAGCUUGUUUUGAAAACCAGCGACCACGAAGAAGGCCACGAAAUCGGUCCGGACGACAAUAACGCCGAUAAUUUCAUCGGUAUCGGUAUUAAAAUAUCCUUCACCGAUGCCGACGUCGAAAUGAAAGAGAUGAAUCAACUUUCCGGUGGUCAAAAAUCCCUGGUAGCUUUGGCGUUGAUCUUCGCCAUCCAGAAAUGCGAUCCGGCGCCAUUUUAUCUAUUCGACGAGAUCGACCAAGCUUUAGAUCCGACUUAUAGGAGAUCGGUGGCUAAUAUGAUUCACGAAUUAUCGAGCGAAGCUCAGUUUAUCACCACGACGUUUAGACCUGAACUACUCGAACAUGCCAAUAAGUUCUAUGGUGUUAAAUUCCGUAAUAAGGUUAGUCACGUGGAGUGCGUGAGCAGGGAGGUGGCGAGGGAUUUCGUCGAGGACGAUCAAACACAUGCUUGAGUUAAAUCCUUUCCGUUAAUGUCUUGAUUCGUUUUUUUUUUAAUUCAGUUUUUUGGAGUUACAAAUACGUUCUUAGUUGUAAUGUUUAUUAAAAUGUGUUUAUUUUACGAAUAAAGAAGUUUUUU